AGGAGGGUGAGCCGGGCGAGCGCGGGGCCAGCGGAGCGCGGAGGUCCCGGCGCCAGCAGCCGCGCGGGCGUCCUUGUGCAGCUCAGUGGCGCAGUGGCAGCAGCAGCAUGAGCAUUCCCCGACCUGCUGCACCACAGCCAGGCCCUGCCGAGGGGCCUGGAGGCCCGGCACGGAAGGAGAAGGGCCCUCGGCUGGGCCAGCGGCUGCCCUCCAUUGUGGUGGAGCCCAGUGAAGUGGAUCCUGUGGAGAGCGGGGAGCUGCGCUGGCCCCUGGAGCAUGCCCAGAGGGGCCCCUCUCGGAGCUGGGCUGCUGCUGCCCACUCCCAGAGUCCCCCCGGAGAACCAGGGAGACCUGCAGAUGAUGCUGGCAGGGAGCAUGUCUGCUCCGAGGACCAGGCAGCCCCGGCCAAGGGAUAGGACAAGGACGUGUCCAGGGUCUGCUGUCUGACUGCUGAGGACCUCUGCAGCAGGGUGGCCGGGCUGAUGCACAGGAGGGCUGGGCCUGCCCCAACACCCCGCAGGCAGAGCUCAGAGGCUGCUUCCUGUCUCACCUGUUCUGCCAGGACCGCAGCCCUGUCCUCUUCUGCCUGUGGUCCAGGUUUGGAUCACACCCUGCUUUGUUUCGUGGUUUGACGCAGAAAUAAAGGCACUUCCUGAUG